CCUGGAACAGCCAAGUCAGGGGCAGCAAAGCAUACCAUUUUUUUGCCUUAGGGUAUCUCGGAAUAACGGUGCAUCUUUGUUUAUUCCCUUCAGCGCAUCGAUAUCAGGAGAACUUUAAAGAAAACUGUUAACAAUAAGACUGAGAAUAGAGACAAAACAUCAGAAAGUAGACCCUUUUUAUGAUAAGAAUAAAAUUUAUCUAAUGUUCUACCUUUGGAAAUAAAGCUUUCCUCUUUGAUACCGCUAAUGCUCGAAGUUCCAGCAAAAGCAAACGAUUGUGCGCGUCUCUUUGAAUCUCCGAUCUACAUAGAAACUUUUGAGAGCUGCUGAUAGAUGCCGUUGUUAACUUUGAAAUCAAAAUACAAAUAGUUGUCUUCAUGUAGCAGCUUCAUAUCUGGUGUAUGUAUACUAAAGGAAAUAACUCGAUGAUCUGAAUUGAUACGAAAUGGAUGUCAUAGAAACACCGGAAAGAUGUGCCCUAGCAACCAAGGAAAGCCAGAUUAAUAUGUCCUUGGGCAUAACUUUCCAUAAUGUUUGCUACACAGCGGAGAAAGGUAAUUACUUUCCACGAAAUGUUUUGCACAAUGUGUGCUGGCAGUAUAUUAUGAUACUUAAGAUGUGGGCAAAAAAGCAAAAAAUAUUCUGCACCAAAUGAGUGGCACUUUCAAGUCCGGUCAACUUACUGCUAUUUUGGGACCAUCUGGUGCGGGUAAAUCGUCUUUAAUGAACAUUCUAUCCGGUUUAAAAACGAAAGGAGUCGAUGGCAGAAUCGAGAUUAGUGGUGUGGAACGGGACUUAAAAAUGUUCUGUAAACAGUCAGCAUAUAUCGAGCAAUACGAUCAUCUGUUACCACAUUUGAGCGUUGAGGAGUAUAUGGAUGCUGCUGCUCGUCUAAAAUUAGGAAAAGGCGUCUCCGACGAUGAAAGGAAGUCAAAGAUUGAGUCGAUAGUGAAAACACUAGGAUUAUCUAGCAGUAAGAAAACGCGCAUUUCUUGCUUAUCCGGUGGUGAACGUAAACGACUAUCAAUCGGGCUGGAAUUGUUUGAUGAUCCGUAUUUUCUAUUCUUGGAUGAACCAACUAGUGGAUUGGACAGCUCUUCGAGUUUGCAGUGUGUAGGAUUGCUUCGUGAAAUCGCCAGAAGAGGUCGAACUGUUGUAACAACCAUCCAUCAGCCAAAUUCGCAUCUAUUGGACCAUUUCGAUCAUCUAUACAUAGUUGCAGGUGGAUCAUGCAUCUACCAGGGACCAGUCAAAUCUUUAGUGCCCUAUCUACAGACAUUUAAUUUACAGUGCCCUAAAUAUCAUAACCCUGCCGAUUUUGUGAUGGACGUAGCUUCGGGAGACUACGGUGACGUAUUACCACAGUUGGUGUGCGGCGUUGAUAAUGGCCGUUUGAUUUACAACGAGAGUUCAGCCCUUUUAUGUACUGCGGACUCUUUGGAUACUGAAGAAAACAGAUUAAAAUAUACAAACCUAGAGGAUCACGGAACGAAUAAGAGCAAACAACUAUCAUACGCCAUGCCAUUCCACAAUCAAGUUGCCAUUUUGCUUGAACGAACCUGGCGAACUAUUUGGAGAGAGAAGAUGCUGACGAAAGUGCGUUUUGCAACUCACGUUGUUUUUGGCAUCUUCUUUGGAUUGGUGUACCAGUCAGUAGGGAACGAUGCUGGCGCUGUACUAAAUAAUAUCGGACUACUCUACUUCAGUCUAGUGUUCAUAGUCUUUACCUCUGCCAUGCCAACUGUCGUGACCUUUCCACUUGAAAGACGAGUAGUGUUUCGAGAACAUCAGAAUCAUUGGUACAGCCUCAAAGCCUAUUACUUUGCUAAGCUGUUGGUCGACAUCCCGUUCCAGAUUGUUUUUCCUACGGUAUUUUUGGCGAUUUUCUAUUUGAUGAGCAAUCAACCGAUGAGCAUGGAUCGUUUCAGUAUGCUCUUGUGCAUCACCAUCUGCAUAUCUCUAGUCGGACAAGGCAUCGGAUUGGUUGCUGGUGCAGUUUUCGAUAUUCAAUCAGCUGCCUUCCUCGCACCAGUAUGCGCUAUUCCGUUUCUCCUCUUUGGUGGCUUCUUUAUCAACUUAAGCGCCAUCCCGUCUUACUUGAGCUGGAUGACUUACGUCAGUUUCUUCCGUUACGGUUUUGAAGGAUCAAUGUUGUCGAUUUACGAUUAUAACCGUCCGCCAUUAAAUUGCUCUCAACCUUACUGUCAUUAUCGUUUGCCCGACAAGUUGUUGGAAAAGUACGACAUGGCUGACAGUUCAUAUUAUUUAUGUAUCGUUGGCAUGUUAGUUUAUUUUGUCGUUUUGCGCCUGGCCGGGUAUGUUUUCUUGCGUUUGAAGCUUAAGAGUAUGCAUUGAACCUUCUUUCGCCCUCCAAACUUUUUUUUUACUAGAUUCAAUUUAUUAAACGUUCUAGGAAAAAUUAUAUCAAUGUUAGUUAUCCAUAAUAGAUUUAUGUAUUAAUUGGGAUUUUUUUCCAACUUAAUAAACCUAAACUGUUACAUACAGAAAUUUAUAAUCUUA